GUUUUCAUCGUGUGAGAGAGUUUGGCUGAGAAAAUGAUAUCAGCCCAAAAAUCUAUGGCUGCCUUGACGUCUUCUCUCGCUGUAUUCCGUAAUUAUGCGAAAACGGGGAGGGUUUUUGCAGGCGUGCGAGCAUCUCCAGGAAUCUACUCUAAUGUUGGUUCCAUAAAAUUUCUUGCUGCAAACCACUCUCGCAGAUAUUUGUGUCGUAUUAGUGCCACACAUGAUGAAGAAGCUUCUGCAAAAGCAGCUGCCGCCAAUGCCAACAGUGGAGCUCCGACCAUGUAUCUCUAUAACAAUCCUGGUUUGGUCUUACAUUCUAGUUAUUAUAGGGAAUUUGUUUGCUCAAUGAUAUCUUGAGGUUCAUGGAGUUUGACCCACAAGAAUAUGGAAAUCCACUGCCCUUUUGAUAUGGAGAGGUUUUGAAAUUAAUCAGAUGAUUUUGGGGGAAAAAAUUUUUUAAUUCGAUGGAUUUUACUCCUGCUGACACUUAAAAUUUUGGGCGAAACUCUUUAGCAUGUUAAAAGAAAGAACCUUGAUUCUAGAAUAUGUAGAAGAACCGUACCACUCUAGUCUGUGCUGAAAACUUCUAAUUUAUCAUAAGAGGGGAUGGGGAAGACUAUCAAAAUCAUUGAAUCAGAUACAUCAAUUAUAUGUUUAUGCUGCUUGCCAAUUGAAUUGAGAGUUAAUAUCUCCUCCUUCCUCAGAUUUGACAAGAUCAUAGCAAAGGAAAUUCCUUCAACCAUUGUAUAUGAGGAUGAUAAGGUCUUAGCAUUUCGGGAUAUUGAUCCACAGGCUCCUGUUCACGUUUUAGUCAUCCCUAAGUUGAGGGAUGGCUUGACAGAGCUUGGGAAGGUACCUCUUGGUCGUACUUUGUAUUCCUAUGUUUUUGCUGCAUUUGUUGAAUUGGAUAGCUUGGAUAGAUCUUAGAACUCAUUGUUCUGCAACAUGCUUUCUGAUUGGUUUUUGCUUUCCCCUGCUAAAGGGUUCUUGUUUGAUAAUUAAAAAGUCUUGAGUUUGUUAUCAUUAUUACACAAGGAUUGGGGAAGUUCCUCACCUGACUUUUGAAAAACGCAUUCCUUCACCAUCAUCUGCAUUUUACAAUGUACCUGCCUAGCAUCCCCAUGAAAAUACUUGUGACCUGUGACCUGUUGACCAAAUCCAUAAAAUCUUUAUUAGAAUUCUCUUGAAUAUGAGUUCUGUGGGAUACAAGUGCUACAGAGAAAUUCUUAUCCCAGCCAUUGAAGAUGCUAUGUUAGUCAUGUUUACUUGUGGUUUCUAUUCUACCACGUCAGGCUGAACCAAGACAUAAAGAGAUUCUGGGUGAACUUCUUUAUGCUGCCAGAGUUGUUGCUGAAAAAGAAGGCAUUCUUGAUGGUUUUCGUGUUGUUAUCAACAAUGGUCCAAGUGCCUGUCAAUCGGUUUACCAUCUCCACUUGCAUGUCCUGGGUGGGAGGCAGAUGAAAUGGCCACCUGGUUAAUGAUUCAAGAGGGAUGCCUGUUCUAGUUGCAACUGUUUCCCGCAUUUCUAUAUUUCAUCUAUGAUGAUAAAUGAUGCAUCUCUGGCUAUGAAACUUGAAGAGAUUAGUAAAAUGUAGAGGCUUGUCUUGUCCGCCCUUUACUUAUCGAUUUUCAUGAAAUCUCUUGGAUAAAUAUUGAUAAAUUCAAUAGUAGUAU